CGUCAAUACAGGCCGCCCAGCACGAUGGAACCCAACAACUCUCACAAAUCUUUAGCAUCGCGGAGAUCAUUGAGUCCUGAACUCAAACCAUGGCGGCCUCCAGAUGGCAGCGACUGAUCCCGUUCCGCAAGGAUCGUCACGACUCUGCUGCCAGCUCAUCAAAGCAGCAACCGUCCAAGGUAUCUGCCCUUGGUCUCAAGGUCGUAGCGGAGGGCGAGCAGCCAGUGAUUGACAUCGUUGCCGUCCAUGGCUUGAACGGCCACUGCGACGAGACGUGGACGGCAGCGAACGGCACCCACUGGCUCCGCGAUCUCCUACCAAAGGACAUCCCAGAUGCGCGCAUAUUCUGCUGGGGAUACGAUGCGAACACGCACGGCAAGCGCGUUAGCCACCAAUUCCUCUACGAUCAUGCAGAGCAGCUGGUCGCGGAUCUUUGCCUCAGGAGAAAGCGUACAAAUACCAUGAAACGACCGAUAAUCUUCGUGGCGCACAGCCUGGGUGGCAUUAUCGUCAAAGGCGCCCUCAUUCACUCAGACGCAGCGCGCAAAGGCGCACUAGAAGAACAUCGGUCGAUCAAGACGUCAACAUACGGAAUCAUAUUCAUGGGCACUCCCCACCAGGGCGGCAACGGAGUGCAGUUCGGAAAGCUGCUAGUGAAUGCGGCAUCGGUAUACAAGGCUACUAAUAGCCGGCUUCUAGAGCAUUUGGAGCGAGACUCGGAAUGGCUCCAGCUGCAGCUGAGACAGUACGGGCCAAUCAGCGGGGAGUUUAUGACGAAGUUUGCGUACGAGGAGUACGAGACCCCGACAGCGCUGGGCCAUUCGAUCAUGGUGGUGCUCAAAGCAUCCGCAGUCGUUCCAGGCGCAGCCGACGCAGAGCAGAUCAUGAUCCACGCGGACCAUAAAGAAAUGGUCAAGUUUAAGUCGAAAGAGGAUAAUGACUAUGAGAAAGUUUCAGACUAUUUGAUUAUUAUGGCUGAAAGUGCAAGCAGCGUCAUCAGCUUACGAUGGGAAGAAGAGGUCAGGGUCGAUGCGGCUCGAAGCAAUGCUGAAGAGAGCUAUUCUGUUGUCUUUAGCUUGUCUGAGGCCUCUGAGACCAAUCACUUUGUUGCGAGACAAGCAGAGCUUGCUGCAAUGCACAAGGCGCUCAACGAAGUAUCAGUAAAGCAGAGCUACUUGAGGCUAGCAAGGCGGAUCUUACAGGAUUGUCCAUCAGCCAGUCAGUUAGGUGUUUUCAUAGAUGACAAGAAGCAAGACAAAGUGGUGGCAGCGGUCAAACGGUGGCUGGAGCAUCCCAAGAACACGCAGUGGUUAAUGGUGUUCGACAACUACGACAACCCCAAAGUGCCAGGCAAUGCGGAUCCCGGUGCAGUCGAUAUCCGGCAGUUUCUACCCGAAGCACACCAUGGCUCGGUCAUCGUCACAACAAGGUCAUCGAAGGUUAGUAUGGGCCGUCGCGUGAAGGUGGGCAAGUUAGAAGACGUCCGCGACAGUUUGCAGAUCCUAUCUGAUGCAUCGCAUCGCGAGGAUGUGAUAGACGAUACAACGCUCACGCUUUUAGAUCCCAAUGCUGCCGAGCUUGCUAGAGAGCUAGAUGGACUGCCGCUAGCCUUGGCUACGGCAGGCGCCUACCUUGACCAGGUGGCGACAAGCUCUGCCGACUACCUUUGUCUGUACCGGGAAUCAUGGCGGAGGCUGCAACAAACAAGCCCUGAACUGCUUCAGCUGUGGGCAUACUUCGACAACCAGGACCUCUGGUUUGAGCUUCUAAGAGAGGGAAGGACUAGUGGGCCGCAAUGGCUUUGUCAACUAACGGAGGAUGAGCUGAGUUUCAACGAGGCAGUGCGAGUGCUGUGCGACUACGGGUUAAUAGAGGUGGAUAAGUCCCCUAAAGGAACAGUGGUGGAAUCUCAAGGGUACGGGAUGCAUAGCUGUGUGCACGCAUGGACGGUGCAUGUAGUCAACCAAGAAUGGGAUGCUGAAAUGGCCGGGGUGGCGAUGGAGUGUGUAGGCAGGCAUGUACCAGCAGAUGAUGUGCAGCACUCGUCGCUGACUCAGCGUCGGCUUUUGCGACACUUGACAAGGUGUUGGGGGUUUAUUAUAGAUGGGAGGAUGGGUGAGAAUGGGAAGGACUGGAUUCUGCAUAGAUUUGGAUACGUAUGUUCCAGCCAAGGACGGUUUCAGGAGGCGGAGAAGAUGUACUUGCGAGCGCUGCAAGGCAAAGAGAAGGCAUGGGGACCAGAUCAUACAUCCACACUCUCUACAGUCAACAACUUGGGCUUGCUCUACGCGGACCUGGGACGGUUUGACGAGGCGGAGAAGAUGUACUCGCGAGCGCUGCAAGGCAAAGAGAAGGCAUGGGGACUAGACCAUACAUCAACACUUGAAACGGUCAACAACUUGGGCAACCUCUACGUGGACCUGGGACGGCUUGACGAGGCGGAGAAGAUGUACUUGCGAGCGCUGCAAGGUUUUAAGAAGGCAUGGGGACUAGACCAUACAUCAACACUUGAAACGGUCAACAACUUGGGCAACCUCUACAAAUCCCUGGGGCGGCUUAAGGAGGCGGAGAAGAUGUACUUGCGAGCGCUGCAAGGCUUUGAGAAGGCAUGGGGACUAGACUAUACAUCAACACUCUCUACGGUCAACAACUUGGGCAACCUCUACGCGGACCUGGGACGGCUUGACGAGGCGGAGAAGAUGUACUUGCGAGUGCUGCAAGGCUACGAGAAAGCACUUGGCCAAGAAGCAGUGAAGACGUAUAUACCAGCGCUUAACACAACUCAGAAUAUGGCACUUCUCUUCCAGCGGACCGGUAGAACGCAGGAGGCAAAGCGCUUAUAUGAACAAGCUCUUCUUGGUGUUGAAGCAGUAUUCGGGCGUAGAAGCAACAGGUAUCGCAGUGUUGCUAAGGUCCUGGAUGCGCUGCACAGUGCGAGUAAGCGUGAUACAUAA